AUGCCUGCACGACAAAGGUCACAUCAGUUAGCUUGCACUGUAGCGGAAAAAACGGUUAUCACAGAUACUCGCAAGCAACAGUUCAUCAUCGAAAAAGAGUUUGCUCGUGGUGGUUUUGGACGAAUUUAUACAGGCAGCAAGGAAUAUGGUAAAGCUGGUUCUCUUGCUAUUAAAAUUGAACCAUAUGCAAAUGGCCCUCUUUUUACUGAAAUAACAGUUUUUCAACGUAUACUUACGCCCCAGAAACUCGCUUCAUGGAUGAAUAAAAAAAAUAUCGCACAUGUCGGUUUGCCUCCUUACAUAAGUAGUGGAUUAUUCAGUUAUAAUAAUCAAAAAUUACGAUUUCUUAUUAUGCCCUGUUAUGAAAGAUCUUUGGAAGCAUAUAGGACAGCAAGUAAUGAUGGCACUUUUGAUAUAAAUAUAGUAUCGACAAUUGCAAAGCAGUGUGUUGACUGUUUGUGUUACAUGCAAGAUCACGAUUAUGUGCAUGGUGAUAUAAAAGCAGAAAAUAUUUUACUUGCAUCGGCCAAGAAAUUUUCGAGAUGUUUUCUGGUCGAUUUUGGACUCGCAAGGAUGGCAAAAGGAAAUGUCGAUAAGCCAGACAAAAAAAGAGCUCAUAAUGGAACCUUAUUGUUCACUUCCUUAGAUGCUCAUCGUGGUUGUGCUCCCUCAUUUAGAGGAGAUUUAGAGAUAUUGUGUUAUAAUAUUCUUUAUUGGUUAUGUGGAACUUUGCCUUGGCAAAAAUGUAUAUUAAAACCAGAAGCGGUUAUGGCAGAGAAACAAAAGUUUUCCAAAGAGCUUGAUAAAAAUAUUCAUAAGCUUGUAGAAGGUGAUGUGUCUUGGCUCACGAAGCUUUUCAAAUUGUCUUAUGAAACUCCGUACGUAGGAAAAGUGAAUUUUGAAGCAGUUCAUUCAGUAUGUUUUAUGUGCUCAUUAUAA